CUCAAGGCAAUCAGUAACGUGCAACACAAAGUGGUCAUCACUUAUACUUGACAACAACAGCAAUGAUCAUUGUACAAAACAAAAAAAGAUGUAGAAAAUUGAUUUAUAUUGGACUUCUGGCUCUUGCAGUUUUUCUUGUUUUCUGGGCUUAUUCAAGUUCUCAAAGUGCAAUGGCCACUUGCAUUUUUUGUGACAUAAUUAGUGGUAAAUCGCCAACCAAAUUUGAAGUCGAAACUGACGAUUAUGUUAUAUUCAAAGACAUCAAACCAGCUUCCGAUCAUCAUUACUUAGCCGUGCCAAAGCGACAUACUGAAAGUGUCGUCGCUCUGACCAAGAAUGACAUCGAAGUUGUGAAUACUUUGGAAAGUGGCAUGCGAAAAUUUCUCGCUACGAAAGGUAUCGAAUCCAAUCAAACACUACUUGGUUUUCAUAUGCCGCCAUUUAUAACCGUCAAACAUUUGCAUUUGCAUGGCAUAGCACCCCGUUCCAAUAUGUCUUUCCUCAUGCGGUUCAUUUUUAAACCCCAUUCCGCGUGGUUUAAAUUAGUAGAUGAAGCCAAAGAAUAUUUGCAAAACAAGUCGUAAUGUACCGAGACCAUGGAAGUGUUGGUUUCUGAACUGCGUCCAAUUGUAUAUAGAAAAAUUUUUAAUAUAAAUUAUUAAGUUGAUAUAUUUCCAAAUAUAAAUUUUCGUUAAGGAAUCAGUGAUACAAUGGAUAUGAAAGAGUCGCUUCGUUUCAACUUAAAAUUGGAAUUAUCGAUAUUUUGUUGCUGUAAUAUUUCGCUGUUAUUAGUGAUUUUUAUU